UCCCGUGACCGUCCGCCAGCCCGCAGCCGACAUGCAGUCCCCGGCUGUGCUCGUCACCUCCAGGCAAGUUCAGAAUGCACACACGGGCCUUGACCUGACUGUACCGCAGCACCAAGAAGUGCGGGGUAAAAUGAUGUCCGGCCAUGUGGAGUACCAGAUCCUGGUGGUGACCCGGUUGGCUGUGUUCAAGUCAGCCAAGCACCGGCCCGAAGAUGUUGUCCAGUUCUUGGUCUCCAAAAAGUACAGCGAGAUUGAGGAGUUUUACCAGAAACUGUACAAUCGUUACCCAGCAGCCAGCCUGCCCCCACUGCCUAGGAAGGUCCUGUUUGUCGGGGAGUCUGAUAUCCGGGAAAGGAGAGCCAUGUUUGAUGAGAUUCUACGCUGUGUCUCCAAGGAUGCCCAGUUGGCAGGCAGCCCAGAGCUGCUAGAAUUCUUAGGCACCAGAUCCCCAGGGGCUGUAGGCCUAGCCACCCGAGAUUCCUCUGUCUUGGAUGACACAGUCAGCCAGCCAGGGGACAGUGAUGAGGCUUUUGACUUCUUUGAGCAACAGGAUGAAGUGCAUCCGCCCACAUUGGGCCUGAGCCACAAGGAUGUGGAGAAGUCCUUGGAGGAAGAAGAGGAGGAGGAGGAGGAGGUGCUGGAUCCUCUGGGCAUCAUGCGCUCCAAGAAGCCCAAGAAACACCCAGAAGUGGCCACGAGGCCCAAGCCUUUACCUCGGCUCACCAUCUUUGAUGAGGAGGUAGACCCCGACGCAGGGCUCUUCAGCUCAGACAAGAAAGUGCCUCCCCGGAAACCUCUGGAGACCACACAGGACUCUCUGAAGCUGUUCGAUGACCCUGACCUCGGCGGAGCUGUCUCCCUGGGUGACCCUUUACUGCUGCCGGCUGCCCGUGAGAGCAGAGAGCCCACAUCCCGCCCAGAACACGGGGAUGCCACCAACGAUCUGUUCAGAGUUGAAGAGGACCUGGACCAGAUUCUGAACCUGGGAUCUGAACCAAAACCCAAGCCCCAG